GCCAGGUCCUGGAAGAGGAGACCUGUGGCUGGGGCAGCCCCGGGCUCCGUGAGAUGGAGCCGCGGGUCGGGGACAGCAGGGCCGGCGAAGCCGAGCAGCUCGCAGGCGGGCACAGUGCAGGCGGCCUCGCCGCUCGGGGACCCAGGGUCUCGGCGGCCCUGGCGGCCUCCCGCUGGAAGCUCUUGCGCCAGGUUCUGAGGCAGCACCAACUGGAUGAUUGUCUGCGGCAUGUGUCUGUCCGAAGAUUUGAAUCAUUUAAUCUAUUUGCUGUAACAGAAGCUAAAAAAGGGGAGACUGAAGAGGAGACGGGUACAUGGGUCCAAUAUACAAGUAUCUUCUAUCCUGAAUACAGUAUCUCCUUAAGGCGUAAUAAUGGAUCCUUGAAUGUUGAAGAUGUUCUUACCAGCUUUGACAACACAGGAAAUGUUUGCAUUUGGCCAUCGGAAGAGGUCCUAGCUUACUACGCCCUCAAGCACAAGGAGAUGUUCAGAGACCUUGCUGUGUGUGAGCUAGGGGGUGGCAUGACAUGCUUGGCUGGGCUCAUGGUUGCUAUUUCUGCCGAUGUCAAAGAAGUUCUGUUAACUGAUGGGAAUGAAAAGGCCAUCAGAAAUGUGCGCGACAUCAUCACAAGGAACCAGAAGGCUGGUGUGUUCAAGACUCAGAAGAUAGAAAGCUGCAUUUUACGAUGGGAUAAUGAGACAGAUGUCUCUCAACUGGAAGGACAUUUUGACAUUGUUAUGUGUGCUGACUGCCUGUUUCUGGACCAGUACAGAGCCAGCCUUGUUGAUGCAAUAAAGAGAUUACUCCGGCCCAGGGGGAAAGCCAUGGUCUUCGCCCCGCUCCGAGGGAACACCGUCAACCAGUUUUGCAAUCUAGCCGGAAAAGCGGGUUUCUCUGUCCAAAGACAUGAACAUUAUGAUGAACACAUUUCAAACUUCCACUCCAAGUUGAAAAAGGAAAACCAGGAUAUAUAUGAAGAAAACCUUCACUACCCGCUUCUGCUUCUUUUAACCAAAACUGGAUAGAAGAUUAAGGUCUUCAAGGGGAAAUGGGAACACCCAGCACACAAUAGAAGGUUUUUCACAAAAACUGAAACCUAUACUGUAUCAUACUCAAUGAGCCGCCAGCUCCUGGAUUAGAAGGUCCCCAGGACGGAGCCCCCCACCCCUCAGCGACAAGUGUGGGCUCUGGAGUCCUCCUGCCGUCACCCACGAUUCCCCAGACAACCUCCAGCUCCCUGCCUCUGGCUGCUUGUUGCUUUCCCUGCACCAAAGCUUGGUGCGUCCUUAAACAUGUUUAAAGCAGCCUCUUUGAUAUUUGAAGAAUUGAACUUGUGAGCAACCUAAAUAUUUCUCCCUGGUAACUAAGACACAAUUCACUUUGCAGGAACACUCCACCCCCCACCCCCCACCAUCUUGUAAAUGUACCUCUUUGUCCUGUUUUUUGGUAGGAGCCCUUUUCUAACCUGUAAACACAGCAAACAUCAUGAUAUUUUUCCCCCUGGUUUAAAAAAAUAAGUAAAGUCCAUCUUUCCAAUCUCCUUCCAAUUAACUGUAUUAAAUCUACCAUCUCUUUCUCUCA